AACAAACGAAUAAAUUGUAAAAGCGCAAACAAGAAAACAAAAAAAAACGCACGCAUACAACACAACAUAUACAAACAAGAAGAAGCAGCAAUAAAGUCUGGUUCAAAUUUUCAUUUUCAUUCAUUUGAUUCGCAAACACACACAAACACAUAAAAAAAAAUGAAAAAUAAAAUAGAAAGUCUGCAUGCACAACACAACACAACAUAUACUAAAGGAAUAUAAUAAACACAACACGCACACAUACACAAAAGACAUCAAUUUUUUGAUUUUGUGUUUCUUUAAUCCAUAACGUAGUAGUAGCAUUGUCAAUGUGUGUGUGUGUGUGAUAAAAAAAAUCCCUAGUUUCCGUUCAAAUAGGACGUAUGUUGUUGAUUAUUUCGAUUUUAAAUGAUUGAGAUUUGUUCUUCGAAUUGCAUCAUCGGAAUUUUCUACUUUUUUCUCGUUUUUUUUUGGUUAUAAAACAAUUUAUGUUCGAAUGCGAAUAAAUCAUGGAUGAUCCGAAACGUCGUGAUGAUAUUAAUAAAUAUUCUGCUCAUCAGGAAUUUUUGUUUCAUAAUUUCUUUAAGAAAUGUAUUUAUCAUUAUAAAAUUCGUGGCGAAAAUAAAGAUCCGACCAACUUUGUUUCGAUGCUCACCGAUGACGAUCCAGAAUUUAUUGCAGAAAUUUUAAAUAGCUAUUGUCUGAUUCAACUAUCAGCCAAUAGCAAAAUUAUGGAAAAUCUAUUGCAAGGUGACUCCAAAUACAGUUUUACACCGAUACACUUUUUUGUUUUGUUCAAAGCUGGUGAUAAAUUUUUACAAUUUUUUCUCAAACGAUUUUCUCAUAUAAAUAUCGAUCAAAAAGCCAACAUCUUUUGCCCAUUAUCUGAUGAUUUAUUGUCCGAUGUCACUCCAUUAUGGAUCGCCACAUUGUUAGGCAUGACAAAACAGAUGAGUUUAUUAUUAGAAUAUGGUGCCGAUCCUAAUACGAUCAAUUCAACUGGUUCCACGCCAAUACGAUUAUGUUGUGAAAUUUCUCACAAAAAUACUGAGGAUAAAUUAAUUGAACAGUUAGAAUUAUUAUUGAAACAUAAGGCCGAUGUAAAUAAGCCGAAUAAAUUCCGAAAUACACCACUAAUGUUAGCGAGUUAUAAUGGCAUCGAAAAGAUUGUACGAAUUCUUUUGGAUAAUGGUGCCGAUCCUAAUUUGGCUGCUUAUUGUGGCGGUACUCCACUUCAUUUUGCUGUCGAAUGUGGCCAUAUCACUGUAAUCGAAAUGCUUUUACAACAUGGUGCAACAUUACAACCGGAUAUUAGUGGUUUUACACCAUUAUUUUUGGCUGCUUUUAUGAAUAGGACAGAUAUUAUCGAUAUAUUGCAGUCAUGGAUGGAAAAAUCAAAUCAAUUAACUAUUGAAGAUCGUAUUAUUGUAUAUGAAUUAAUGGCUGUUGGCUGUUGUAUAAAAUUUGAUGAUGAUGAUUAUGUUUCUGAUGAUGAAGAAAUGAAUGAGACAAACGAUUCUAAAAUAUCUCGUUUUCUUCGUAAUGCAUAUCUUUUACGAUAUUUUCCAUUGGAUUAUAAUGGCAGUUUUGACAAUAUUUCAACUUCUAAAUGUGUUGAUCCAAAAGCCUUACCGAUACGUCCAAAAAAUAUUCAUCAAGCACGUUAUACAUAUGAUUUUGCACAAGAAACACAAACAUUAGAUGAAUUUGAAACUAUAAGAAAUGAUGAUGAUGAUGAUGUACGUCUUCAUUAUGAAUGUUUAUUCGCAAUUGAACGUUUUUUCACCAAUGAUUGUUUUAAAUUGGCUAAUUGUUUGGAAAAAAUGGGCGAUCAUUUUGUAAACGAAUUUGAUGAAAAUGAUACGGCAUUAAAAUUAUGGAUACGUGCUAUACAAAUAAAAAUCAAAUUGAAAGUAUUUGUUGCUGGUGUUUAUGAGCGAUGUUUUAUGCAUCUGAUUUAUAAAACAUAUGAAUGGCGACAAUUUCAAUAUUGGCAAACAUUAUUUGAAUUGGCAAUUCAAUAUCUUGAAUCAUUUCCAUUACCGGAUGGUCUACAGGCAAUGUCGUUCCAAUUGGAUAUACAUGAACUUUGUCAGAUCGAAUAUUUUACCAGAAACGAUGUUAAAAUAAAAAAUUCUAUCCCAUUCGACAUUGAAAAAUCACACGAUAAAAUGGAUGAAUUAUGGGAUAUUAAUCGUGUAAUAAAUGCUAUUUAUUCUUUCAUAUGUUAUUUUUCCAAACACUAUAAUCGUCUAGGUGAUGUUAAACAAAACGUGAUUGAAAAAAUAAUACGAAAAUUCCUUAAAUUAAACUUUACAAAUGUGUAUUAUCAUCGUCAUAUGAUACAGAUAAUAUUUUAUCCUGACCAUUGGCGUUUUCAUUUUUGUUUUGAUUUCGGUUUUGAUUUCAGUUUUGGUUUUCCUCAUAUAAAUCAAAUAAAAUUAUUAUUGAAAUGUGGUGCUAAUACCAAUGUGUAUGAUGAUUUAUAUAAUACACCAUUACAUUAUCUAUCAUAUAAUGGUCGUGAACGUGGAAUGUCCAUACGUAAAUUGGUACCAUAUUUCAAUGAAUUAGUUGACCAUAUUUAUUAUGGAAAAUAUGUCCAUAAUUCAUUACAUCAUUUUGAUUAUGCUGGUCUACAAUCUGUUCAUUUGGAUGCUGUCAAUAUCUAUAAUCAAACGGCAUUUCAUAUUUAUCCAAAUUUACUGUUUUGUUACAAACAACCAAAUCUAAAUCUGUUUCCAUUGAAAUGUUUAGCUGCACGUGUAUCACAUCGAAUCUAUCUACGCUGUAAGAACUGUAAAAAUGUUUUUACAAAUUUAUAUGAGAAAAUUGAAUCGAUUCUCAAUAGAAUGGAUGGAUAUUAUGAUCCCCAAGAAAAAUUGCAUGAAAAAUUUAGAAAUCUUCCAUUACAUCCAAGUAUCAAUAAAUCGUUACCAAAUACAAUGGAAAUAUAUCCACAUAAACAUCAAAUAAAACCAUAUAGAGCUAAAGAAGUAUGGAAAUUGAUCGAUAAAUAUAGUGAACGUUUAAAAAUAUCGGCAAAAUUGUUGGAAUUUAUUGAAUUACAUGGGCCAUGUAAAUUUAUUCAUCAAAUUGAUUGUGAUGAACAACAAGAAACAAGUGAUAUUUCUUUCAUUUAAAGAAUUUAAUUCGAUUCUCCAAAACUUUUUCUUCUGUUUGCUUUAUACUUUGUUUAAUCCUCACCCUUACUACUAUUAUAUAUAUGUUUUAUAAUACUGUAAUUAAAGGAAAAUAAAAAAAUUUCUGAUCAUUCA